CCCCUUUCAGCAUGUUUGAUUUAAUUCAUGAAAAUACAACAGAACAGUGAAGACAACGAAGGCUAACUUACAUGAGAAGCUCAAGAGCUAUGGACAGGCCGACCCGUGGCAAUCGCACGGAGAUGUUGGACAGACUUCGUCAGUUUUCCAAUGACCGAGACGAGUGGCUGAGGUGUGUCGCUGGCGUGUGUGCUGAAUCAGUGCUCGUGUACCUAAUUCUUGGUAAAGCUUAUUCAGGCCUAAGCUGAAACGGAAACGAGGGGAACAUGCCUCACGCCAAUCCAAAAGCAAGAAGAGCGCAAAUCGCACGCAACGGGCGCUCCAGGAUGACGAUCGAGCUGCAAAUUCAGCAUGGGUGAGCAGAAGUGUGCCAUACCAUCGAAGCCUAUAAUAAUAUUGUCAAAAAGGCACAUGCAGUGCUGUCAGCAUUCGGUAUGCCUCAUGAUUUGAGCGUACCUCCGAAAACACAGCAAAAAAGCUGCCACCAACAAGUUGCCUCGACAACCGAAGCUGAAGAACGUCCGCAACAGGAUGCUUUCGCUGUUCGUAUGCGGAAAGUGGAUUCCAACAUGUUGUCUGUGCGAGAGGACCUCAGUAACGUCGAAAAUCACAUCAGUGUCCUCACAUCGCACAUUCUCGAUAUGAAAACACUGAUGGGAUCAAAAGAUAAAGAUACACGCACCUUACACAUGGAGACUCGAAGCUCUGGGUGCCAUAACACAGUUGUCCAGUCCCACGCAGAAGCACGCAUUGUCAGCAACAACGCGCCGUCCAAACCUCGCACGAUGACGCAGACAGCAUCCACUUCUCUGCCUCCAGAGGUAAUCCCCCCCGAAAACCUCGGAAUCGCGCACCUUGGCCAAGAGCAGUUUCCAUAUGACAGGACAACUGUGCCGUCACCUCCUACAGUCCACCUCUCGAAAGAUAUCAACCGGCUGUGUGAAGAAUGGGAGGAAUCGAACUUACUUGUUGUCAACGGUCGCGGAAUCCCUGUUCAAAAAGGAAAGGGUGUCAAGACUACAGCAUGGGAUGCGCUUCGAGUAGAAUGGGGAAAUUGGAAGACAAUGCCUUCGUUCUGGCGUGCAUUCAGUGACGAGAAUAGUAAGAUUUUUUCUUACCAACAGAUCCUGAACCGUCUCGCAGAGCACCGAGUCUCUGCUGCUGCCCGAGACGCUAAAGAUGCAGCGCGACUUUUUUCGGCGGCAACCUCAACCACCCACUGGCCCGCGGUGCCUUUUGCUACACAAAAGGUGGCAGGGCUUACUUGUCGAGCAAGGACGACGCCAGUUGCAAAAAAGUGGCGCGAGCUUCUGACGACACGUCCUGACAUCGUCGAACAACGGGCACGCCAAAUCUUCGGUGGACCACAACCCUGAGGAGCAGUUUUCUUGAUCAUAAGUAAGGUAGCUUCAAUCUUCACUCGGGCAUUUGUCCAAUAGUUCAUUAACAGUAAAUUUUUCUAAUCUACUACUGUACACACAAGUAUGCGC